AACAGCAAUGAGCAAACACCCGGUGGAACUGCGCAUCUGCGGUGCUCAACAUUCAAACCGCUUCCCAGUCCAGUCCUUUGCGGAUUAGGAAAUGCCUCAUUGGAGGAAAUGCGUUCUUGGAUGCGAGGGAGACUACCCUCUUUUUACGCUUCCCAAGGAUGCCACGAUUCGCCAGAAAUGGUUGGACUUUAUUUUUGGAGACUUCCCUCCUCCGAAAAAGAACUGGUAUAUUUGUGCGAGGCACUUUACUGAUGACAGCUUUCUAAACAAAGGCCUGUUUGAUAAAGGACUGAUAGGAAGAUUGUCACUAUUAGACCAUGCAAUACCAACCAGGCUUAAACCGUUUGAGUGGGGACAGGGCACACCUGUCUCCAGAUCGGUUGGGACUUCCUGUGUAGUAGAGAUGAAGUCCCAAGGAACAUCCACAACACCACAGACUGCAGAAAUUGGUAUUCAGUGUAUGCUUCUGACUCCCACCCUAGAUGACCAGGACAGCAACGGCCCUGAAAGUGAUGAGGAACCUGAGACUGAUGAGGAGGACCCGGACUGGGCACCUGGUGCAGAAGAGUCUGAGGAUGAGGACUUCGACCUCGAAGACGUGGCCGAAACCUGCCCAGCGGCGGAGCGUAAAUUCAUUGUCUUUGAAAGUUGUUUGAGGACGCUGUUCGCUGUGUGUGUCGUCUGCUCCGGGGCCUGCACAGUGACGAUGAAGCAGAUCAUGGGCACCAUGGUGGCCGUGAGCAGUGUCUGCAAGAGGACAGACGGACACACCCGGGUGUGGUACAGCCAGCCGGCCCACAACAGCAUGCCGGUGGGCAAUUUGAUGAUGGCGGCAGCCACCUUAUUCAGUGGGUGUUCACCAACAAUUGCCCUGAACCUUUUCCGACACAUGAGUGUUGGAAUCUACAGUUUGAAGACGUUUUUCAGUCUGCAGCGCUGCUAUUUGGUCCCUGCUAUUCAAAGGGUUUGGAACACCAAGCAGCAGGCCAUGAUUAUGAAGAGAAAGGGAACGCCACUAAGACUGGGCGGAGAUGCUCGCUGCUGCUCAUCAGGGCAUACAACCAAGUAUGGCAGCUAUUCCUUAAUGGAUAUGAAUACUGGUGUGGUGCUCACCACCCAUCUAGUGGAGUGCAAUGAAGUGCAGAGCAGCGCAGCAGUGGAGUUGGAGGGCCUGAAACAGGGGAUCCGCUUCCUGGAGCAACAUGGCCUCACUAUAGCUGAACUCAUCACAGACAGACAUAUGCAGGUCUGCAAAUGGGUCAGAACGGAAAAGCCCGACAUCAGACAGCGGUUUGACGUAUGGCACGUUUCCAAGGGCAUCUUCAAAAAACUUGUGGCAGUGGCCAAAAAGCCAGGCUGUGCUUCAGUGGGGCUGUGGGCUCAGUCUAUCUCCAACCAUCUGUGUUGGACAGCAGCCACCAGCGGUGGAGACGCAGACAUGGCUGUGCAGAAAUGGACUUCUGUGGCUCGUCACGUCUGCAACAUCCACGAGGGCCACGGCGACAUGUUCCCGCGGUGCGAGCACGGACAGAUGAACAGACAGUGGGUGGAGAACGGCAGCAGAGCACAGAAAGAAAUCCAGGCGGUUGUCCAGAGCUCCAGGCUGCUGGCGGACGUCCGUCAGCUGUCCCCUCCAGAGCAGACGUCGUACUUGCAGUCUUUUCAUAACGUCGUCUGCUUCUUCGGAAGUAAACAGGGGCAUUUCCUUCGUCCCUCACUGGAAGCAAAACUGAUUUUGGCAGCUCUCCACUUUAACGAGAACAUGGCAAAUGAGCAGGCCAGGAAACAGGACAGGGCUCAGCGGUGGAAGGUGUCCUAUCCAAAGUUUAAGAAAGGUGGCGCUGUGGUUCGGCCUGUGAAGGAGUCUCACACAUAUGACUAUGUCAGACACCUGAUGGAGCUUGUGUGGCAGAUGCGGCUGGAGGUUCCCUUCUAUGAAGACAUAGAUACAGAAACUUCUGUUUCUUAGCUCUGGUUGUGCGUUUAGGGUCGUUGUCUUACAUUUGUUUCCAGCUUAGAUCAAAUUUGCUCUUCUAGUUCUGCUUGUUUUAAACUCUAUAAUUUUUCCCAUCAACUCUGACCCACUUCCAUAACCAGGUUAACGAAAAGCAAGUCCAAUGUAUGAUGCUGCCACCACCAUGUUUUGCUCUUAGAGCGUUGUGUUCAGGGUGAUGUGCUGUGUUAGUUUUCCUUCAUAAAGGUCAGAAAGUUACAUUAUUGGCUCUUAUUACAUUUAAGGUAUUUUGGACUUUUAUUUAGGUUUAUAAGAGUAAUGGGGGCUGAAUACAAAUGCUGGCAAUCGUUCACAUAAUUUUGUAGCUAAAAAGUUGCAAAUCUACAUUUAAUUUUCUCUAAGUUUCACGAUUAUGCACAUAUAAAAUCAUGUUAAAUCCUAGAAAUGCACUUAGGUUUCUAAGUAAGUGAAACCUUAUUUAUAUAUCAUCUCUCAAGACACAAAAUCAGAAAGUGCUUCACAACAGUCAGUAAUGCAUAAAAAAGACAAAUAGUAAUAAUAGUAAAGAAAAGAAAAGCAGAUUUAAAUGUGUUUCUAAUUGACUUAAAAUAGAACUGGAAAUCCAGUUUUGCAAAACUGCUGCAGUAAAUUGAGAAAAUGUAAAAAAUUCUAGGGUUAUUAAUACCUUUACAAAGCACUAUACAGUAUGUCCCAAUAAACAGCAUUUACUGUUAAAGAUAAAAUAAAAUACAAAUUCUUUCAUAGAAAAAAAAACCCCAAACAAACUUCUGGAACAAAAUGCAAAAACAACUUGAUGUUUGAAAAAUAAUUUAUUUGCAAUAAAUUAGAUUUUUAAAGUACGAUAGAGUUCAUAUGUAUCCUAAAAUUUAAAGCCACUGAUUUACAUAAACGUCACAUUUUUAUUUAGUCUUGCAGAGUUACCUUGAGAGAAUGAAGUGGCUUUUCUUACGUUGUUACACAUUUUAAUUUAAUCAUACUUAUUUUUUACAGCAUGUUUCUCAGACAGCAGUGGCUCCAGCUUUGGGAUCCUUUAACAUUGCUUCUGGUGGGUGAGGAAAAAAAAUAUCUGGAUAUUUAAUUAUUUAAUUUGUUUUUUUCUGAUGUCGCAAAAUUAUUGCAGUCACUUCAAAGGUUUUCUGAAAAACAGCUGAAAUCCUGUACAGUGUGGUGCAGCAGUUUUCCUCCUAAUGUACAGUUACUAAUAAUUGAAUUUCCAGCCCUGAGUGCAGUCCCUCUGCUUCCACACAAAAUCACAUUCCAUGUUCACUUUGCCUGAGCUAAGCCACCUUGAACGCUUUCCAAACGCUUUUGACAGUUUUGCAAAUACUCAUCAUUAAUAAAAAUUAUCUGAAUCUUUUUAACAGUGAUUUUGAUUUUUGCUUUUUGUCUGGGUGGACUGAUGUAACAAUCAGAUUCAAUAAUAUUUUAAAACAACCUUGAAUUUGUGCAGGAUUUUGUCUAAUCCACACAGGGACGACAUUAGAUAUUCAGUCUCGUAUAUCAUACACCUUCACUGAUAUUUGAUUAAAUGACACCAUCCAAUUUUUUAGUUACUAAAAAGCUUCUGGUGUAAUUCUGGCUGAGUUUGUGACCACGCUUUACAAAAAUUGGUUGGUUUCUUGUCACAUUCUUGGCUUUUAAUCAAGCUAAAUAAUUUUCUAUGCGCUUAAAGUUGGGAAUUUCCACUACCAACUAGUUUUAAUGAGUGUUUGGGACUAUUGUCUUGUUGGAACUCCAAACUGUACCCUAGACUGAGCAAUCCAGCCUAAAAUAUUACCUCAAAUAAAAAAAAUUAUAAAAGUUUACAUUGUUCAAGCACAAUCCGGUGCAGGUUUUUCAUAAACAGGCAACAGUAAUGUAAUUAUUUACAAGAACAUGAAUCAGAAAAAAAGAAGCAUCUGCUGAAAGUGGGCAGCUUCAAACGCCACUGAAAUUAGCUUCUGUCUAUAUGAACAAGCUAAUCACAUGCUUGAUAAAAGUUUCAUGAUUAAAGACAAAACUGUUUGUUUAGCGGCUAGUGGUGCUUGUACCUGAAAUCAGCUGGUAGAUGGUUUAGAUGCAGAAGUUGGUUGUGGAAUAGAGGAAGUAAGUUCUGAUGGAGUCCCAACAUUAAUGGACCGCCAUGUUUAAGAGGCAAGUCUGCAGAAAGAAUUCAACUAACUCAAUAGAGAGCUAUUGAAGACUGGAGGUAUAUAUAUAUAUAUAUAUAUAUAUAUAGAUAGUGUAUAUAUAUAUACACUUGAUAUUCUGUGGAUUACAGCAUCAAAUCCAAAGUUUUUAAACAAUUUCAUUCAGUAAAAUUGCUUUAAUUAUGAUUAUUAUCCCACCCUAAAAAAUCAUAAUGAUAUUUAAUGCCAAUAAGAAAAUCAAAACUUCUGACUGGCCACAAUGUGAUAAUAAAAUAGUGUGGAUUUUCUGUAGAGAAUUAUUGUACGUAGAGCUAUUUAACACAGAGCAAGUAGUGUUGUUGCACAACAAUGAAAGUAUUUACAGCAAUGAAAUCCCUUUGAGUGCCUGACCAUUUAAAACUAAAUUCAGAAUGAAUAAAAUUAUUGCCCAGCAUAAAAAGUCUGUCUGAACCUUCAAAGACAAACCUAACAUAUGAUAUCCCACAGAAAACAACUACAUAAAAACAAAAUUAUUAUAAAUGCUAUAUCUUUUUUGAUUUAGGGUAUAAGAUAAAACAUGAAACAAGAUUUUUUUUUUAAGCAGAUAUACCAGAAAUCUAUCUCAGCUGAACUGUGCUGUGCAUUUAUGUUACCUAAAUGAAUUUAAAAAGAAAUUUGCAUAGAAAGCACACCUGUUAUUAAUUUACAGAGUAAUGCAACUAGAAUGACUUGGUUUUGGCAGAAGAAAAUAAAUAGCAUUUAAGAGACACGCAUAAUAAUAAAUUAUAUUUUUACAACUUUCAAAAUUUGACAUGUGCCAUUAAAAAAAAAAGCAGAGAACCUCAGUCCAAAGUGCAUCCAGCAACGUCACACUGGCGAGUUUACAUAAUUAUAUAGUUUUAGAGUAUUUCCAUCACCCGUCUUAAUCAAACAGAGUCGUUUGUGUUUAAAUAGGGAUAAGAAAAAAAUCCCCUACAGCGAUUGUUUUCACUGAGCAGCAGACCUCUCGUCAAAGAAAACCGAGUUCACCAACCCAUUUUAGAUUAAUCUCAUGAUUUUUUUUUUUUUUUUUUGUACUGAAGGAG